GGUGGGAGAGAGAGAGAGAGAGAGAGAGAGAGAGAGAGAGAGAGAGAGAGAGAGAGAGAGAGAGAGAGAGAGAGAGCGGGUGUGUUGGUCUGUCAGUUGCCUGACAGAGAGAAUCGACAUGGUGGCUAUCUAAAACCGCUGUGUGUCCGCUCCCACAAUCUCCCUGUCCAUAUAGAGUAUUUCAGAGGGGUUCCCGAUUUUUUUGAGAGUGCAGUACAUGAGGCUGUAUAAUAAAGACUGUAGACCUUAAAUGGGAUUUGCUGUUGCUGCUGCUGCUGCUGCACACAAUAUCAUUAAGAUCUGAUCUCAUCAUGUCAACUUUCCUUUUUAUGAUGGUUAUCCACUUCGUCUCGAAUGGUAACACAUAUAUAUCUUCCUCUGAUGGAUGUUUGGGGAAUAAAGGAGAGAGAGAGAGAGGGAGGGAGAGGGAGAGAGUAGCUCUUACCAAUAGGUUGAACGUUUUCUGUUACUGUCUGACAAACUACAGAGGAGCAAGAGAGUGGUUAAUAGGGAUGCAAAGUUAUUUGUAGAUCGGUGAUUUCACGCGGUCCGACUGACUCUCUCCGUGACACUGUCGUCCGGUGAAACAUGGCUGUGGGUAGAUUGGUGUUUUUGAGGGUAGAGCCCCAGUAUGCAGGGGAAGAACCACCUCAACCCGAUAAGCAUGCUGGAUAUUAGCGUCAUAAGUCAAACACAGGAGAGGGAGGAGAUGAAAGGUACCACGAGUAUUGAGGGGUGUGUCUGAUUAACACAUUCACAGGGUGGUUUCCUGGACUAAGAAGCUGAAUCUCCGUCGAACAACAUUUUUUUUUUGUCUAGGACUAGUCUCAGAUUCUUAAAUUCUCUGAGAGCUCGAUUCUUAUUUUCUUGUUUACUUCCUUAUUUGGUUGUUCCUUGUAUGUGAAUUAGUACGAGUCCUUUAUAAUACAGGUGAACCAGAACAGUGUUAAUGAGAGGAACAUUGUUUAACAUUCCAGUAGAGAGACUAGCCCUGCAGAUAACCACUCUAUAAACAAUUAGCUGAGGCUAUAGCAUGCUGGAGCUGCAUCCUGCUGGGCAUUGAUUACCUGUUGUUGACUGAAUACAUAACAGUAGAGCAACAGACUGGAUGGCUAACCUGCUUUAUCUCACCCGCACGUUUGUGAUUUAUCAGUGCAAAUACAGCCUCUGUCCCACACUGUGUGUCUCUCUCUCUCUUUGUUUCUCUCUCUUUCUCUCGGACGUGGAGCUACUCUACCCUCUCGCUCUCAUCUCGUCUCGUCUCGUCUCAUCUCAUCUCUGUCCAAGUGAUUUAUAUUUCCAGCACUCAGUUUGAGCUCAGAGCACCGGGCUUCAAAGGUUUUUUAACGUGACUGUUUCUGAAACAGAAUUCCACACAUACUUCCUCCGUGCGUUAGAAUCUCAAUGAACUGUUCUGGACUCUUCUCCCUCUGCAGUUGUCUGUGUUGGGCUGUGGGGGACUGGCUAUAGCACUGAAACCUUUUCGGAUCCUUCAGACCAUCUACAAACCUGUAUGAGCUGUGAACACUCUCAGGGGAUGUCUGUGUCUUCUGCUUGACAGACAGACAGACAGACAGACAGACAGACAGACAGACAGACAGACAGACAGACAGACAGACAGACAGACAGACAGACAGACAGACAGACAGACAGACAGACAGACAGACAGACAGUUUGAGGUCAAUGAUAGAAGGUGGAGGCAUUUCAUUUAGUUAACCUCGAAUGUGCUUUAUUACUGCAAACACGCACUGCGUUUUCAAUUCACGUCUGAGAAGGGAUCGAUCAACCAUGUUUGUGUGUUUUGAGGCUUAGGGUUGUCAAGGAGAGUAAUCAUGUUUAGGCUGCCAAUAUAAUACGUUGAGAUUGUUAGGUAAACAUGAAUACACGUGUACAUCAUUUGUGAGAACAUACACAAGCACGUUUAGGAAUGAAUUCCACUACUGGCAUACUGAGGAAGUAGCUAGUACAUCAAAGAAAGAUGCUGUCCAUUUAAUGAACAGCACUUCAACCCACAACUGAGUUUGUAGGGAGAGAGGCUUCAUGCAGUCUGCAAACAUUUGAUCAGGAGCAGCAAUGAAUGGCUUUUAUAGAUGCUGCUGACGUUUUAUGUUGGGUCUUGUUUCUCCGGCCCUGGGUAGAGGGGGUGGAGUAUGUAGCUAGUUUACAGGUUUUGCUGGGUUAGGUGGGGUUGGAGGUGGACUGUGUGGCUCGCUCUCCCUGAGUACAGGCUGAUUGGAUUUAUCCAGAGAGGGAGAAUCUGUCUCCUCCUCUCCCCUCCCCUUCUCUCCAUCCUUUCUCAUUUAUCUGUCUGCUUUAAUAGGUACUCCAUCCCAGAAGGCUUGUUGCAUCCAUGUCAGUUUUGUUCCUCAGGGCGGAAAAACAUGAGUGCGGCCAGGGGAGAUGAUAGGCGGAGCUGCUGAGGAGGGAGAAGAGGGGGGAGACCCCCAGGGGAGCAGUGAAACAGCACCGGGACCUUGGCCCAUCCAGUACUAGGCUGCCUGCCAGGCUCAUGUUUCAACCUCUGCCUCAUAGAAAACCACAACACACUGACUGACAGUUCAGCUCCAGUCCACCAUAAUGGAUCUAAACUCCCAGAUUCACUCAGUCAACCCGAAAAGCAAUUGUGCCAUUGGAAACUGAGGAAUACAAGCCUGUAUAAGAUGCACUGGAACCCGGAGCAUGCCCAGUCUCUCAGCCAGUGGCCUGAGCAGCACCUGGAUGUGUCCUCCACCACCUCCUCGCCGGCCCACAAGUCCGAGCUGUACGCCGCUGGCCGCACCCACGGCCGAGGAGGCUCCACCCACGGCUACGCCUGGGCCAAUGACGACAUUGGUGCCCUAACCGCCUCCAAUCUGCUGAAGAGCUAUGCAGAGAAGUACUCUGGUGUUCUAGACUCGCCCUACAACCGUCCACCGGGGCCCGCUGUAGGGGCCUACCCAGAGCCAGGGGCCUUCGGGGGCCUCAAUGGCCUCAAAACUGAGCUGGAGCCCUGGCCCCUGAGCCACAGUGCGGAGGGGCCCUACCCCGUGUCCCUGGAUGGUCUUUCAGGCCCCAAGGCUGGGGCCACAUCAGCAGGGCCCCCAGGUGCCAGCAGUGUGUCAGUGGUCAACAGUAACCUCUCAGACUCUGGAUAUAGUGGUAGCAGCUCCUGCUCUGGGUCUCACUCCGGUGACUACAACCCCCCCAGCUACAACGGUACCUACCUCUCAUCUGGGUACUGCCCCGGGCCCCUGCCUGGCUCAGCACUUCCCCCCGCCUCCCUCCACCACCCCCUCCAGCCCACGCCCACCCUGGUGCCCAGCUACUCACCCUCCACCCAAGUUUACAACUACCCGCCAACCAGCUACCCCCACCAGCCCAGCCUGGCCCCCACAUACAGCCACCCCUCUGCAGGGUACUUACACUCCGGGCUGGCCGCCCCUACUCCUCUCCCCUCCCGGCCCACCGUAGUCGGGGGUAGCUACAGCUACCAGGAGUCUGGAAGUGGGGCGAAGAGGAAGGCAUUUGACAUGUCAUUGGAAGAGGAGGGGGAAGGUUCUCGAUACAGGAAGUAUUCAGGCUACGACCCAAUGAAGUCCGGAGGAGGAGGGGACUCUCUCUCUCCCUACAGCAUGGGGGAUAAAGGAAACAUCAGAUUCACCACAGGCAGCACAGAUCCCCUGGCAUUUAAGCCCAGUAAGCCCUCCUCCCAGCCCCUGGUGUCCCCUCCCUAUAUGGUGGCUGUAGCAGGUGAAAACAGCCCGGCAGCAGGGAUGACUGGAGAGAACGGAGGAGGAGGGGGGUCAGAAAACCAGGUCUUCUCCCACUCCCAGCAGCAACAGCAGCAGCACCGCUCCUCCCAGGCUCACAACCAGAAACGCCCCUCCCUCCACGGCCAGGGCCAGCCUGGGUCUGGACCAGGGGAGACAGCCAGCAUGAAGAGUCCAGACCCCAUGGUUCUGGAUCUAGUCAACGGGGAAGUGCUGGAUUGCAGCCCGGCCCUGCUAUGGGGGGAGCUGGCUGGGCUGACCCACGUCAAGGCUGCCCUGGAGGAGGAGCUGUUGUGGCCCUGUCUAAGGCCCAGCCCUGCCAUCCUACCCCCAGCCACCGUGCUGCUGUUCGGCCCCCGAGGAAGCGGGAAGACCACUCUGGCCCGCUCCAUGGCCGCCCAGCUGGGGGCCUCCUUCUAUAGGCUCAGCGGGGCCAUGUUAGCUUCUAAAGGCAAGGUGGAUGCCGAGGGGAUCCUGGGGGCCACGCUGCAGGUGGCUGGGGCGAGACAGCCUUCUGUUGUGCUGCUCAGUGAAGUGGAGGCUCUGGAGGAUGAGGGGGGGCUGAGGCAGGUGUUGCUAUCCGCCCUGGAGAAGGCCCAGAUGGGGUUAGGGUCGGCGGGGGGAGCCCCUGGGCUGGUGAUCGUAGUGUGUACCACUGGCAGGCCAGACCUGCUCCAGGAUACGGUGCAUCGGAGCUUCGCCAAGCACUACCACGUGGGUCUGCCAGAUGCGGGGAUGCGGAGACAGGUGCUGCUGCAGGCGCUAGUGCCCCAGGGAUGUUCUCUCAGUGACAGGGAGCUGGGGGCUGUACUGCAGCGGUCAGAGGGGUUCUCUGUGUGGGAGCUGCUGCAGCUCUGCCAGCAGGCCCUAUCCUCAGCAUCCACCUCGGGCCCUCAGGGGCCCUUACACAGCCUUUCAGGACAGGCUACGGGGCCCCCAUCCCUCAAAGACUUUGAGAACGCCUUCUGCAAGGUGCGUCCGCAGUCAAACGCCACCCCGAAAGAACUGGACACUUGUAUGGAGUGGAGCAAGGUGUACAGCCACUGAGAAGGCAGGAAGGCAGGGAGACAGCCACUGUAUGUAAUAUAAUGUAGGAGACUGUGAAUGUAAACCCUGUCUUCACUUUUGACAUGAUGACAAGUCUUGGGAAUGUUUUACUGUUUCGUUUUUUUGCAAUUACUUAUUAUUAUGCAACCAAAGGUGUUAGAUUGUCAAGAUCGAAGGUUUGGGAGAGAUGAGAAGCAGAUUUAACAUACGUUUCUCUGGUUAGCAUGCUGAUGUUUCCAUUAAAUAUACAUAUACUUUAUUUUUCCCAAAGAAAAAGAUAGAUGAUGCCUUUGUGGAUGGGGCAGUGUAUUACAGUAGUAGUUGAACCUAUAUGGUGGGAUAACUGCAUCAUUGGAGAUUACUUCUCAAAGGUUCAAAUCCUAACUUGAGAUCUAUGUGCAUAACUUGUCUCUCAAAUCUCGACAUCAGUGCAUGAAUCACGCAAAAGCCGAAUUGAGUGCAACGUGCAUCUCUAGACAGUUAGGAUUCCACCCAAAGAUCCAUCUUUUUUUGUACUACAGGCCAUACGUCAGUGAUGUGUUGUCACGGUGACGUAGUCCAAGGUGAUGGAUCACCAGGGUCUUUAGGAACAACCUGGACUUGUCCAAUAAGAAACACUUUUUCUUUUUGCCUUCCGUUGCAAAACAGAUUGAAAAGGGGCAGGACGACCUGGACUCGUUCAAUAAAAGCAAUUUUCGUUGCAAAACAUUUUAAAACAUUUGUUUCCUAAUGAACAUGACCCAGGGAUUUUUUGAGAGAUCUCUCUGUUGUCUGACUGCUACUCUCAGGACCCUAUCUAUAACCAGUCCACUCCUGUGGUGUUUUAGUUUUCAUUGGUCAUUUGGUGUGUGAAAACAGCUUAGAAUCAAUUUGAACAACUAUAGUGGGGUUUUUUUCCACAAAAAAAUGAUCAACAAUACCUCAUUGUCUCUUAGCAUUAUGGGUUAUUAACUUAAAACACAGCUUUUAGCUUCUCACCAAAGUCAUGUCAUUGUGCUGAAAUAAUUCAACAAAAAGCAUCAUCAUCAUUUGAUCUGGUCUUAUCGUGGAAACUUUGGAUCAAUAGUCCCUCUUUCCCCUAUACUACAGUAUCACAUCAUUCACAGCUGUUUUGGAGACAAAACCACGACAAUAGCUCAUCAACUGUGUCCAUCCUGAAUGGUACUCUACGUACAAAAAAAAAACGUUAAUAUGCAACUUUACAAAAACGUUGAAAUAGAACAUAAAGGUCAUGAGACUAGGUUGUGGUUGAAUAUACAACACUAUCAUUCAAAGCCAUGAGUAUAACAUCCACACAUACAGUAUAUUUGAACUGUGGUUUAUCACACAUUCCUCAUUCAGUGCAGUUUUCCCUGAGAAUGCUGCUUUAAUACAGCCCUAUAACACAGACAAGCACAGCAAGGCAAGAUGGAGGUAUCUUUGAUGUCUGUUUGUCUCUUUCACCUAUCUGCUUGUUUUCUUAGUAUGUAUGUAUGUAGUCUUGUUUGAAAUGCUCAGGAAGAAUUUCUUUACCUCAAAAAAAGAAAUAAAGAAUGUAUGUAGUCUUCAGUCUUAGUGAAGAGAGUAAAAGAGGGGAGGAGGAGCUGACGAGCAUAAGGAGAAAAGACCUCACACAGUUCUGUUGUAUACACACUGCAGCUGUCUGUGCAUAUGCCUCGAGGGAGAAACUUGAAAAUGAUACAAAGAGUAACAUUGAAUGUAAUUCAGGUAUUUCAAAGGAUAUUUGAUCCCAUAAAAUCCAUGUUUUUAUUAUUAUAUAUGAAUAUAUAAAUACAAAAAAAAUCGUAUCCUUUUAUUUUUAAUGUAGAUGUUUUUGGUGGAAUAAUGUUUUGUCUUUAUGAAGUGUUAUGUAGAACACAGAAAAUAUCCCUUUUUUGCUGGACAAACUGUUUACAAAUCAACCCAAGGCAUUGUGAGUUAACAUGUCAUAUUCAUGCAUUACUGUUAAAUACAUAUUCUAUUGUAAUAGAUGCAACUCUUUAUCGAAAUCUAUGAAUAAAAGGUGCACAUUUAUUUCCCAGGCCUGGACACAGACAAGAAGCAGUAAAACCAUUGUCACAUACAUUUCAUUGUCAUAUACAGCAGAAAGAAAAUAGAAAACGAGCAAGGACCUAAAUAUGAAUCAGCUAUAUGCAGUCGGCAGCUAAUCAUGUCUAACAAUAACCAUAUAUUGUUAAUCAGUAUUAUGCAUUAUGUACAAUACAACACAAUCCUAGAUAUAACAUGACAAUCCAGAGAAAAGCAUACACACAGGGUUGUGCUAUCGCUACUACUCUGUUUAACAACAGCCUGGAAAUAUGUUGUCAUUCAGUUGAGCUGCAGGUAUCGAGGUGAGGUCAUGAUUAUUGGACCGUGACCAUGGUAUGCAGACCGGAGGUACACUGGAGGAUGAUGUAAUCGUCUUCUGCUUCUUCUCCUUCUCCUGUCUCUCUUUAUCUCUCCCUAUCUCUCUCUCUCUCUUCUCUUUAUCUCUCUUUCUCUGUACCCAAUGCAGUUAUUAUAGAGGUAGGGUCGUCCCUAUAGCCCUAGCUGCUGGCCCCCAGUGACCAUGUGGCUGGCCCCCCUCUGCCCUCUCCCUCCUCCAUCCAUCCAUCCCUCCCCUCCUCCUACCCCCUCUUUCCCUCCUCCUUUUGGAGUGGCAUUGCUCUGAUUGAUGUCCGGGAACCUAAUAUCACAACCCUGGCCUCUCUCCAGUCUCCCCUGUACAGCUGGUGGCUUCAGUCAUGCCAUAGAGCCGGGUCAAACACACUGACCCCAGGGUUGAUACACAUUUUGUAAAAGUAGUGCACUAUAAAGGGAAUAGAGUGCCAUUUGGGACACAUCGUAGGUCUAAGAAAUUGAAAAUACAUCUUCAAACUUAGCAGGAGAAAUAAGCCUUAGGGAGCCUCUGAGAGAUGGGUUUAAAUAUGUAAUAAUUUUUGUGUAAUAACAUUAAGAUACAUAAUUUAUAAGGAUCAUUAGAGGCAGUUAUAAUUUGUUUUCAGAUAGAGGCAUAUCAGGCAGGGGCAGGGGCUUGAGGCAAAUUGUCGUAGUUUAUGACAGAAGUCAUGGGAGUUUAGUUCAUGAAAGGCAGCCGAUAUCAAUACUAUCAUUGGUUAAUUUGAUGAAUUAAAAAUCUUUUCGCUAUUUCCCAGAGCUCAGAUUCACAAAAUCGUCCGUGUUUGUCAAACAUGUAGAUUUCAGAAAAACAAUAAUUUUGUUCAUUCUUCUGUCAGUUGUUUUUGUUUUUGUUUUUCAUUAAUGCAUUACCUCACUCUACAUAUGUUACUGCUUCAUGUGUUAAUCAGAGAUAAUGAGUGGGAAUAGGUCUUAUCAUUAGAGGCAUUGAUGAUUGGGUGAGGUAGUACUUCCUAAAGGAAAGUCAAAUAACCUCACAAUGUUUGACUCACGCAUGUCCUUGAUAUCAUGUUGACAACACACCUUUGUUUAACCAGUGUUGUGUCUUCUUGAAGCCAAUGAGGAAACAAAAAAAAUACAACAGUUUGUUCAACAAAAUAGGCUUUUGUUAGCUGUUUUGAAUCUAAUAUUACAGUAACUUUGUUCUUGCUUCUUGUAUAUCUUCUGUAACCAUUUCUACCUCAUUUGGCAACAUGUUGUACAUGAAAGUAUUCAUUUCAUGUCUUUUUUUAUGUCUGUUUUCAAACUGAUAAUAAUGUUCUUGAACUGUAAUCAUGGUCUACCUCAGAAAAGACUGUAUUUUAAGAGAAGAUUAUAACACAAUAUUAAACAGAAAUAUGUCAAUA